AUGCUUGUUUCUCUGACCACCUUUCUUGCCUUCUUGUCGGCUGUCCAUGGCCUGACCCCUUCGCAAAUCCCGCCAGACACCCCACUGUCAUCAUUGGUCGCUUCUGCGAAGACUAAUCUCGCCAGUGGCUCGCCCCGUGAGGCUUUGCUAUACUUCGACGUAGCGGUCUCAAGGGAUCCCACUAACUACAUUACCAUCUUCCAGCGGGGUGCCGCGUACUUAUCACUGGGGAAAAGCUCGCAGGCCCUCGGCGAUUUUGACCGUGUUCUACAAUUGAAGCCAGACUUCGAAAGCGCUCUCCUACAACGCGCCCGUCUUCGGGCCAACUCUGCUGACUGGACCGGUGCCCUGGCUGAUCUGGAGCAGGCCGGCAAGCAAUCUUCUCCGGACUAUCAAGAACUGCAGGAUGCGCGGGAUGCGGCACUUCAGGCGCACCAGGCAGAGGAUAAUGGCGACUGGGACACCUGCGUCAAUCAAGCAAAUGUGGCCGUUCUGAAGGCGAGCGGCUCUCUUGGGUUGCGACAAACCCGGGCGCACUGUCGGUUUGAGAAGGGUGAGAUAGAAGAAGGGAUUAGCGAUCUUGCCCACGUAUUGCUAAUUUCACCCGGCUUGGUUGAGCCGCACCUACAAAUAUCCUCGAUGCUGUUCUAUUCCCUUGGAGACAGCGAGCGGGGGAUCGCACAGAUUCGAAAAUGCCUUCAUUCCGACCCCGAUUCAAAACCAUGCAACCGCCUCUACCGAAACGAAAAAAGCCUACUCAAACGACUACAAAAGCUACAGGAUGCGCUAAAUUCGCGCAAAUUCAACAAUGCCAUCAAUCUGCUUGUCGGUGUAGAGGACGAAAGUGGCUUGCUUGGGGAUGUGAAGGAGGACGUGGCACUUGGGAGGGAGAGCGGACAUAUCCAUCGCACGGCUCCCGAUAAUCUCUAUUCGUCAUUGGUAGAACAUACCUGUGAUGCGUACCGCGAGGCACACUUGUUCAAGCGGGCAACCCCGUACUGCUCCGAGGCGCUUGAGUCCAACCCAAAUUCGCUGCCAGCACUAUUGUUCCGCAGUCAGGUCGCUAUUGAUGAAGAGCGUUUUGAGGACGCCAUACGCAUGUUAACCACCGCCAAGGAGCACCACGCUGGUUCCAAGGAUGUCCAACAGAUGUUGCAGCAGGCCCAAGUCUUGCUAAAACGCUCGAAACAAAAGGAUUACUAUAAGGUCCUGACUGUCAGCCGGGACGCCGAUGAGCGCACAAUCAAGCGAGCCUAUCGUCAGCUAACCAAGCAACACCAUCCUGAUAAGGCUAUCUCUCAGGGUGUCACAAAGGAGGAAGCUGAAAAGAAGAUGGCCUCUAUCAACGAGGCGUACGAGGUUCUAUCCGACCCCGAAUUGAGGGCGCGCUACGACAGCGGCAAUGACCCAAAUGACCCCGAAUCUCAAAGGGGCCAUGGGUUCCAAGGGAAUCCUUUCGGCUCGGGCGGCGGGCAGCAAUUCUUCUUUCAGCAAGGUGGGCCACAGUUCAAGUUCUCGGGUCAGGGAUUCAAUUUUCCAGGCGGCUUCCCAUUUCGCUAG